UUAUAGAAACGAAACCGACGAAUGACUAUUCCUUUUAGCCUAAAAACCGUAUAAAGGAGAAAAAGAGAGAACUUGAAGGUGCGAUGAUUGACGCGAGGCACGUUUUUCUACAGCUAACACGUUCAUUACGAAGCAGACAAUCUUUUUAUUAACAGUAAUUAUAGCUUUGGGAGCGGAAGUGCGCGUGGCGCGCGCGGAACCGAUUACGGUCGUGGGUUUUUGAUCGCGACCGGUGCACGCGUCACCGCAGGUCGAUACAUCUCGAAAUCGCGGCGGAUACGAGGCACCGCCGCUCGAUGCCGACCGCUUCGUUGCCUGCCAGCUGCAUCCGGACGACGCGACGCGACGCUCGCCGACGGCCGACACGUAGGGUAGAGCGUGAGGAAGAGAGAUAGAGAGCGAGAACGAGAAAAGUAUCACGCGUGUAUUCUCAGUUCGAGCGAAGUGACACUCAGCGGAGACGACAGUGCGGACACCCGCGAGUCGCAUCCGAGAGAUAAUCCUUGACACCGCCGCGCCGGCAGCCCCAGAUAAGCCAUGAUCUCGCGUGAUCUCGGGAGUAGAUAUUCGCCGCGGGAGAAUCCACGCCGGAGCGACGCCGAGAUGUCGGAGUCGGAGAACAUCUUUUUGUUCGUGCCGAAUAUCAUCGGUUUCGGCAGGGUGAUCCUGGCGCUGAUCUCCUUUUACUUCAUGCCCACCAACUAUGUCAUCGCGUCGUGGUGUUACGUGGUCAGCUCGCUGCUGGACGCGAUAGACGGCCACGCGGCCAGGUAUUACAACCAGAGCACCAAGUUCGGCGCGAUCUUGGAUCAGCUGACGGACAGAGUCGGCACGAUGUGUCUCAUGGUCACGUUAUGCCUGUUCUAUCCCGCCUACACCUUCUGGUUUCAGUUGAGCAUGGCUAUCGACAUAGCCUGCCACUGGAUAUACUUGCACACGACUCUUCUGCAAGGGAAGACCAGUCACAAGUUUAUCGACAUGUCUGAGAAUCCGAUCAUGAGACUGUACUACACAAACCGGACGGUACUGUUUUUCAUGUGUGCUGGCAACGAGGCGUUCUACGCCGGUCUGUACCUGUUGCAUUUUACCGAAGGACCAAUUUUUGUCGGUAUAGGUCUGUACAGAUUGAUCGUGUACCUGAGCGCCCCGGUAGCGUUCGUCAAAGCCGCUAUCUCUGUACUACACGGAUACGUGGCGUGCAUCAACCUCAGCAUCAUCGACGUGAAGGAACGCCAGGAGCGUCUUAAAACAAAUUAAAUCUCUCUAAGUCUCCGGACGCAUUAUCUGCUAGUCAAACUGAUUGUGAUCUACGAAUCUUCCUGUUCUACAAACUGGCGCACGCAUGUUUACAUACUUCCAUAAUUCCAUAUGUAUAUUUUUAAGAAGAAGUGGAGAGAGUGUGUUUAAAGAUGCGUGGUCGAAAGAUGUCUAUUUUGAUUGGCCGAUAUUCGACUGGUAGGAAGUACCGCGUUUGAAAAUAGCAAACGGCCAAAUUCCCUUAUUCCCUUAUGUGUAUUAGAAUGUAUGUGAAAUCUAUUCUUCUUGCGAAAGAGGAAAAAAACUUAUUUUUAAAGCACUAUUAAUAGCGUCAAUGACCAAAAUAUUUUGUUACCGUAAUAUAGCAUUACAUUUAUAUAUUUAGCAUGUUAUUUUAUAGCAUUUACUGAAACAGUGAAUUGUUGAUGUCUUAUUUUUAGAAUUUGUGACAUGUAGAGAUCAUAGGUGUCUAAUAUCUUCGAUAUCUCAGUAUAUUUUUACAUUUUUCCAGUAGACAGUUUAAAGGACUAGCCACUCUUCGCGUAGCCAAAACAUGUAGCGAGAAUGAUUUCAAUGUAUUAAAAUGAGUUGAAUAAAACAUCACUUUAAUAUC